CACACGAAAAAAUCUAUUUUGGCACAUGGCAAAACGGCAAAAAAAUGCCACAUGGAAAAGUCCAUUUUGGCAUAUGGCAAAUGCUACAUGGCAAAAGCCAAUUUGCUACAUGCAAAAAAAAAAAACACAUGGAAAAAGCCAGUGUUUAAAUUUAUGGGCCAUUUUGGGGUGUUUCUGGAUUUUAUAAUGUUACUUCCAGGUCACUUUUUAUUUGAAAGGAUUUAUGGGUCACUUCCGGUUCGUUUUGGAGUGUUUCCAGGUCACUUCCUGAUUGUGUUGGUGUAUUUAUGGGAACUUUUAUGGGCCAUUUUGGGGUGUUUCUGGGUCACUUCCUGUUCAUUUUGGGGAUGUCCAGAUCACGUUUUAAUCUAAAAGUCAUUAUGGGUCACUUCCUGUUUGUUUUGAUCCAUUUAUGGGUCAGUUCUGAUAGUUUUUGGUACAUUUAUGGGUCACUUUGGGCCGUUUUUGAGUCCUUUCCUGCUCAUGUUGGAGUAUUUAUGGGUCACUUCCUGUUAAUUUUGUGAGAUGUACAUUGUACAGCAGGAUCGGUGUAGAGAAAAUCACUCGUCUUGCAGUAGAGGCCGCCUCUGACACAAGAUGGCCGUCGGUCACUCACACCGGCGACUCGAUCAUUCAGUUUUCCCCGUUGAGGUGAGGUCACGUGACGUCACGACGCUCCCCGCCCGCCCCUUUCCGAGGAUUACAAAAUGAAAAGUGAGCGCCAAGACGGUCAGGAUUCAGAGGAGUUGAGUUGCAACAGUUUGACGUCUCCAUCUGCCUGCAACUGGAGUUUGUCAAGUCAACGCUUGACGGCCGGAAGUGCGACCGUCUUUCCGGAAUUAGUUGUGUCUGGGUGUGCGAGUUUCAGAAGCGGCGGCGGCUUUUCGAGAAUCUUGGACUUUUUUUCCCCCUCCUGCCAUCUGGACGUACUCGAUGGGAUCGUUCCGGCGCUCGAGGCCUCGCUUCAUGAGUUCCCCGGUUCUUUCCGACCUGAGCCGCUUCCAAGCCGGCCCGCAAGUGUGCAACAGCGCCCUCUGGAACGGCGUCCAAUCGGCAGUGAUGAAAGUCUUCAGGGGCGGAGCUCUCCGGCCGAACGAACUCUACGCGCUCAACGAAAACGUCAGGUGAGGCGUCCGUCCGCUCGCUCGCUCGCCCGUCCGUCUUCAUCCCGGCUGACGCGGCGGCGGUGGUCCUCCAGGCGACUCCUGAAGAGCGAGAUGGGCUCCUUCGUCAGCGAUUACUUGCAGAAUCGGCUGCUGACGGCCGGCCUCGCCGAGCUUCUGGAGCGCGUCUUGCUCUCGGGCGCCGAGGAGCGGUUGGAGGCCGUGGCCCAAGUUUGGUGGCGUUUCUUCACGGAGACGCUCCCCACCCUGCAGGCUAUUUUCUACCCCGUGCAGGGUCGGGAGCUGUCGGUGCGACAGAUGGCGCUGCUGUCCUUCCGAGACUCGGUGCUGCUGAAGCUCCCCCUGGAGGACAGCUUGGCCGGCGCGGGCGUCGUGCCGGCGGCGGUCACUCACAUGCUGCUGGUGCUGCAGGGGGUGCGCGGCUGCGGCGCGGCGUCCGACUGGCGCUACCGUCACCUGGAGCGACUGGCCGCCGCGGUGGUCUCGCCGUAUCUCAGCCACGUCGUCCCCGACGAGCCCUCAGAGUUCUGCGGCGGCGGAGGCUCGCAGCCCGACAUGUGCUCGUCGUUGGCGCCGUUGGUGGAGCACGAGGGCGAGGCCUACCUGGAGAAAGCGGGCGGCCUGCGGCGCCACACGGUGGCCAACGCGCACUCUGACGCGCGCCUGCUGGCCGAAGGACGGGCGGCGGCACGGCCCGGCGGACGCCUCGGCCGUCGGGCAGACUCCGAGGACUCGAGGCGGUAGCGGCUUGGACGGCGCGGAAACGGCGACUCUUGUACCUGAGUGAAACGGCGCGCGCUAGCGGCUAACAGAGGAACGCGGUGUAGCGUUUAUGGCCGGACGGCUUCGCAGACCGUGGUGACUCACAAACGAGUGAGACCGUGACUAGGACAUGCAAGAAUGAGAAAAAAAUGAUAAUUACAAUUAAAGGAAGCGUAUGUAAGAUAAGUGGCCGGAAAGGGUACUGCAAACUAGAUGAAAAUAUUGAAUUUCGACGAGAAACUAAAAAAAUGCUGUGCUGGCCGGUAUAUUUGUAGUACAAGGACACGCACUUAUAGUACAAGUAAACACACUUAUUGUACAAGUACACACAAAAACAUGUACUUGUGCUAAAAGUACACAUCAAAACGUAGUACAAGUACACAUCAGUACAUAUACUUGUAGUACGAGUAACCGUAGUGGAGUACAAUUCAGCAGACAUUCUUGAAGUAUAAGUAAAUGUACGUGUAGUACAAGUGCAUGACAUGCAGCCUUGUUUCCGAUUUAGCCAUCUGAGAUUGCGUAUUCAUGAGAUGGCCGUGAGUUAUUAGCAAUCUUACAUAGUUCUUCUUUAAGACUGAGAUAGGAUGUAAAAAAGAUGUGAGUGAUGUGAAUAAAAGAAAAUACAACAUACAAGAAUGAAAUGAGAAUAAAAUGAAUGAAAAGAUGAGGCAUGACAAUAAAGAAACACGAGCACCAUUUGAUGGUAGAUGUCCAAACACCAUUGAAGUAAGAGGGGUGGCAGCACAAUAGCCCCAACAUCAGCAGGAAGUGAACCUGUAAAUACCCAAAUAUUAACAGGAAGUGACUAGAAUAUGUGCCAAAAUCAAUCCGACAUCAACUGGAAGUGGCCCAGAAAUGUCCCAAAAGGAACAGUAUAUGACCAGGAAGUGACCCAGGAAUGCCCUAGAAUUAACAGGAAUUGACCGGCAAACAACAGGAAGUGACCCAUAAAAGCCCCAAAAUGAACAGGAAGUGGCCCAGAAAUGCCGCAAAAUGAACAAUAUAGGACCCAAAAUAAACAGUAGGUGACCCGGAAUUGCCCUAGAAGGAACAGAAGCGACACAUAAAGGUCCUAAAAUUAACAGAAAGCAAUCCGACAUAGCAGGAAGCGGCUCAGAAAUGACCCAAAAUGAGAAGGGAGUGACCUGGGAAAGCUCCCAAAAUGAACAGUAUAUUAUCCAAAACUAGCAGGAAGUCAACCAUAAAUGCUGCAAAAUGACCAGAAUGUCCCAAAUUCAAUAGGAAGUCAUCCAAAAUGAACAGGAAGUGACCUGGGAAUACCUUAAAAUGAACAGAAGUGACCCAUAAAUGUCCAAAAAUUAAUAAGAAGUCAUCUGACAUAUUAGAAAGCGGCUUGGAAAUGCCCCAAAAUGAACGGUAUAUGUUUCAAAACCAAGAGCAAGUGACCCAUAAAUGUUCCAAAAUGAACAGGAAGUAAUCCGACAUUAACAGUAAGUGGCCCGGAAAAGCCCUAAAAUGAACAGAAGUGACCCAUAAUUGUCCCAAAAUUAACAGGAAGAAAUCCGACAUAACAGGAAGCGGCUCGGAAAUGCCCCAAAAUGGAUAGUAUAUGAUCUAAAAUGAACAGGAAGUGACCUGGGAAUGCCGUAAAAUGAACAGAAGUGACCCAUAAAUGUUCCAAAAUGAACAGGAAGUAAUCCGACAUUAACUGGAAGUGGCCCGGAAAAGCCCUAAAAUGAACAGGAAGUGACCUGGGAAUGACGCAAAAUGAACAGAAGUGACCCAUAAUUGUCCCAAAAUUAACAGGAAGAAAUCCGACAUAACAGGAAGCGGCUCGGAAAUGCCCCAAAAUGGAUAGUAUAUGAUCUAAAAUGAACAGGAAGUGACCUGGGAAUGCCGUAAAAUGAACAGAAGUGACCCAUAAAUGUCCCAAAAUUUACAAGAAGUAAUCCUACAUAGCAGGAAGCGGCUCGGAAAUGUCCCAAAAUGAUCAGAAAGUGAAUCGGAAAUGCCCUAAAAUGAACAGGAAGUGACCUGGGAAUGCCCUACUAUGAACAGAAGUGACCCAUUUAGGUCCCAAAAUGAACAGGAAGCAGCACGGAAAUGCCCCAAAAUGAACACUAUAUGACCCCAUAAAUCUCAGUAUAUGACCCGAAAUUGGCAGGAAGUGACCCGGGAAUGUCCUAAAAUGAACAGAAGUGACAGGUAUAGGUCCCAGAAUUAACAGGAAGUGCCCUGGAAAUGCCCCAAAAUAUACAGUAUAUGACCUGAAAUGAACAGGAAGUGGCCAGAGAAUGCCCAAAAAUGAACGGAAAUUGACCCACAAUGAACAAGUGACCAGUGAAUACGCACAGAAAUGCACAGGAAGUUACCAAAAGUCAAUGGGAAGGGACCUGUAAAUUCCUCAAAAUCAGAGACUCAGCGAGAACCACCAAAAGUGGUAUUUGCCAUGUGGCAAAAACGAUUUUGACAUGUGGCAUUUUUUUUGGUAUGUGGUAAAAUGGAUUUUGGUUUGUCGCAAUUUUUUUGGGGGUGUGUGGCAUUUUUUGGGGUAUAUGGCGGUUUUGCAGGCCAUGCACGUCCACGCCAUUGACGGCUAUGCACGUCCAAAUUUUCCUUUCAUUUUAAAUGGCAGAAAAACGUGUGGCUGUGAUUAUUGACCAUACACUUAGCAUUACAGCACAUUGACAUUCAACUGGCAACUGAGUCACAUGCCACAUGGCAAAAAAUUCCACAUGGCAAAACCAAUUUUGCCACACUGCAAAAUCAAUGUUGCAACAUGGCAAAAAAAAAAUGCCACAUGGCAAAAUCCAUUUUGCCACAUCGCCAAAAAAUGACAUAUGGCAAAACUCAUUUUGCCACAUGGCAUAAGAAAUGCCACAUUGCAAAAUCCAUUUUGCC